AUGGCUCCUAAACAACCAUCCGGAUGGCAAAAGCGUCAAAAGAGGAAACGACAAGAUGAAUUGGUGAAGUCACAAAAGGGUGCUAUGCAAAAAUUUUUGACGCCUAAUCCGCCUAUUGUUGAUGUGGAAAAACCACAAGAGCAUGUUGAAGUAGAACGGGAACACGAUGAAGUAGAACAAGAGCAAGAACGUGUGGAAGUAGAAGACGAAGAACAUGUUGAAAAGCAACAAGAACAAGAACAUGUUGAAGAGCAACAACAAGAAGAGCAUGUUGAUUAUAUAUUUGAUCCAAGAAGGUGGGAAGGACUAAAUGCGGAUGAGAUUAAACUAUUGGUCGCGAAAGCCACUAUUUAUACAAGAACAUUAUCAAACUUGGAGAAGUGUGAUAGAGAAUGGCUAGUAUAUUCGAAAGAGCUAGAUAAGAUGUUUUGUUUUUGUUGCAAAGUGUUUAGAAAUGGGGCGCCAAAAGGUAGAUUGGGAGGUGUAGGUUUUGAUGAUUGGCACCAUGCUACCGGUAGAGUGAAAGAACAUGAAGUUUCUUUAGAUCAUCUCAUAAAUAUGAAAAAGUGGUUUGAUUUGCGUAAAAGAUUGAAGUCGGACGACACAAUUGAUAAAUUUCAACAUGAGCAAUUCAAGAAGGAAGCGGAUUAUUGGAAACAAGUCCUUUUUAGAAUCAUUGCGCUAAUCAAGUUUCUUGUUAAGCAUAAUUUAGCAUUUCGUGGAAAUAAAGAAAAGUUGUAUGAAAAAGGUAAUGGAAAUUUCUUGGGUCUAGUUGAGAUGUUGGAAGAGUUUGAUCCGGUUAUCAAAGAGCAUGUUCGGCGGAUCACUAGUGACGAUAUUCAUGUGCAUUAUCUUGGACACAAGAUCCAAAAUGAGAUAAUACUUAUGCUUACUGAUGAAAUUAAAAAAGAACUCAUUAAGAACAUAAAAGAAGCAAAGUACUACUCAAUCAUACUGGAUUGUACCCCCGAUUCUAGUCACAAAGAACAGAUGACUAUAAUAGUGAGGUAUGUAAAGUUCUCAUCUAAUUCUGUUAUUGUUGAGGAGUCAUUUUUGGGGUUUUUGAAUGCUAAUGAUACCACUGGGAAGGGACAAUUUGAUGUAACUUAUGCGGAGUUACAAAAUCUUGGUCUUGAAAUUGAUGACAUGCGUGGCCAAGGAUAUGACAAUGGGGCAAAUAUGAAAGAUAAUGUGAAAAACUGGAGUCUAAAGUCAUUGUCUCAAACUCGUUGGGAAAGUCGUUUUGAGAGUGUUAAGGCAAUCAAAUUGCAACUUGAUGAUGUGCGGGAAGCUUUGCUUGAAGUUGGAGAGACAGAUAGUGAUGCUACAAUUGCAGAGGAAGCAUUAGCUUUAGCAGAAAAUCAACUUAGUGGAUUUGAUUUUUUGGUAUCAAUUGUCAUUUGGUAUGAAGUGUUAAACCGGGUGAAUAUUGUGAGCAAAAAAUUACAAGCAAAGGAUAUGCAUCUUGAAAUUGCUAUUCAAGAAAUAAACAAUUUGAUUGAGUACUUUAAGGAUUAUAGAGAAACCGGUUUUCCUAAAGCGGUUGAAGAAGCUACGGAGAUUGCUAGUGAAAUGGAAAUUGAUCCCAUAUUUAAAGAAAAACGUAAGAUUAAAAGGAAAAAAAGAAAAGAUGAGACUUCUAGUAGUGAAGAAGUUGCAUUUACAGUAGAAGAGAAUUUCAGAGUAAACUUUUUCUUAUAUAUUGUGGAUCAAGCUAUUGCUUCUUUAGAGAAAAGAUUUGAACAAUUUAAAUGGUUUAAAGAAAAAUCGGAUAUUGAUGGCGAGGCACUUUAUACAGAGCUUAAUUUAUUUCGUGACUCACUAACCAAUAAAUUUAGCAGUCCUGUAGAUGUUUUGGAGUAUAUGAAAGAAGACGGUUAUUCCCCAGAAGCAUGCAAUGCAUAUAGGAUAUUGUUGACUAUUCCAGUCACCGUGGCAUCUGCAGAAAGAAGUUUUUCGAAGUUGAAGUUAUUGAAAUCUUACCUAUGA